CGUCCCCGUCGCUAGGGAAACCGCUGCUGCCCGAGGCAGCCAGAGGCCGCGCGAUGCCGAGCGCGGAGGAGCGGGCCGCGCUAGCUGAGGAGAACGCAGAAGACGAAGCUGGCGCCGACCCGCGACUGCGACUUCUGGGGACCUACGUGGUCCAGAGCCUGCGGCCGGCUGCGGGCGCCUGGGAGCGCUGCGCGGGCACCGCCGAGGCGGAGCGGCUGCUGCACGCCUUCCUGGGCCGCGAUGCUGCGGAGGGUCCGCAGCCGCUACUGGUGGUGCGGCCCGGGCCCGGGGGCCUGGCGCUGCAACCCGGGCUGGACGCGGGACCGGACUCUGGCACUCCUCGAGCUAAGGGGCUUUUUUUCCUGCGCACCAGGCCCGAGCCGCCCGGGCCCCACAGCCUUCGCGGCUCGGUGCUCUGCGGGGACGUGCCCGCAGCCCCUCUGGAGCACCUGUCCGCGCUCUUCUCCGAGGUUGUUAUCCCUGUCUUGGCCAAUGAACAGAAUCACCUAGACUGGCCCCACGUGGUACGUCAAGAUGUCCGGCGGCAUGCCCACAGCCUCCAGUGUGACCUCCUGGUCAUCCUUGAGCAAGUGAAGGGGAAAACUUUCCUGCCUCUUCCAGCAGGCUCAGAAAAAAUAGAGUUUGUGGGUUCUGAAAGUGAGACCGUGUAAGUACCACCAGCCUGGCCAUAUGGGCCUCUGAGAUAUGGGAGAUGCUGGUUUGUUUGAAUGUUUUCUUUAUGCUGUUCCUGACUGCACAGCUCCUUGUACUGCACACAAGCCCACUGUCUGCUCUGUUUGCCAACAUCCUCGGACUGUAUGUUUCCGCUAAUUAUCACCCUUGCCCUGUCCCUCUGCCUGAAGGCUUUUAAGGCUCUCACAGUAAUGUGGCCCUUCUCUGCCAGAUUAUUUCAGGGUCGAGAGCAGUUCCAAUGGGGUCACUAGUUUGCUUAGCAGGACAGCGUGUCAUCAUUGGCAGAGACCCAGCCUGGGGGUCCUGUGCCACUGCCCAGCAUUCGCCCCGCUCAUCAUGCCCCUGCUAUCCCAGACCCUCCCCCCCAGCAGCUGGACACUUUAAGUCCUAGGGAUUUUUUUUUUCCCCACAAAAACAAACCUGACUUUGUUGAGGCUGAAGGCCAUACUUCCUGCACCAAGGGCACAUUAAGACACCAGCCUCUUCUCCCUUUCAGAGUGAAAUCCACCAGCAGCUUCUACUUACCAUUCCUGUUGUGAGCUACCUUUGUUUUUUUCCCAUGAAAGGCAACCAAAAUGGGUGUUUAACCCCUUCUAAGCCCUCCCUAGAUUUAUUUAUUUUUAAAAAGGUGUAUAAUGGGACAUCUUUUUCUUUUUCUUUCAAGCCAGCCUAUGUCUCUAAAUGAUACAUUUUGUUAUCUUCUCUCCAGCACCUCUAUGAGUGUGUGACAGCAGCUACAUGAGGCUGGCCUGCCAUGUUGCCCAAAGUUUCCAAAAAUCUGACUGUCACUGCUAUGUGUUCAUGGCCCAUGAUUUAAACUGAAGAAGUAUUGCUGGGAUGCCAAUGUACUUCA